AUGUCUGAUAUAAUCAAGCAAUAUGAACAAAAACUAUCAGAGUUGACAUUCAAUAAUGGACCAAUUAUAACAAAUUUAACUCAAAUAGCAAAACAACAUCCAGAAGUAGCAGAUCAAAUAAUGGAUUUAAUUACAGAAAGAAUAUUUAAAGUACUACCUGAACAAAAAUUAUAUACAUUAUAUGUAUUGGAUGAUAUAUGUAAAACUGUGGGCAAUCCAUAUAAUAUAUUAAUUGGGGAUGAAUUAUAUAAUAUUUUUAUACAUGUUUUCCAAUUGAAUAAUGAUUUUAUAAGAAAUAAAUUGGUUAGAAUUUAUGAUACUUGGAAGACAUUUACUGUCAAAAAUACAAAUGAACGAGUAUUUUCAGAUGAUCAGAUUAGUAAAAUAGGUACUUUUUUGAAAAAAGCAGGAUAUCCUAAACAAAUAACUUCAGAACCAUCAACACCACAACUAAAACAAACUGGACUACCAGCAAAACCAAAUGUAUCGUUACAACAAUCAUUAAUCAAUGAUAUUGAUAACCUUAUACCAUUGUUUGAAAAACAACUCAGAACCGAUAUGAUGAAUGAAAAAUUACAAGAAAGAUUUAAAGCAUUAAAUAGUCUAAAAAUAAUGUUAACGAAUCAAGAAAUGAAAUUAGCAGAAUUAGAAGCAAUAAAAUCUCAUAUAGUUAAUAUACAAAUACAAUCAACACCAGAAACACCAGUAGCAGAAACACCCAAAACUUCAACAGCAACUCCACAACCUAAAAUAAAUCCAGCUUUUCAGAUAUUUAAUGAUUUAAUAUUGUCUGGGUUAGUCAAGAAAGAACAAGAACCAAUACCUGGAUCACAACCAACACAUACACUAGUAUUUCCCGAAAUUAAAUAUUCAUUAACUCAAAAUCAAACAGAAACUUCAUUAGAAGAUUUAUUGCUACAAAGUAGUUCAAUCCCAAGAUCAGAAUAUGAUAAAUUAAAAUUUGUUGAAUUAAUGAAAGUCUCAAAAGAAUCUUCAAAUGAUUUACAAGAUUUUAUAAAUAAUCAUAAACCAACACCAACAAUGACUGAUUUAUUAUAUGACGCAAAACCUUCAAAAUGUUCAAUAUGUGGUAAAAGAUUCACAACAGAUGCUGAAGGUACAAACAAUAAAAGAUUACAUUUAGAUUGGCAUUUUAGAAUGAAUAAAAAAAUAGGUGUUAAGGGAGCAAAUAUUCAAUCAAGAAAUUGGUACUUGGAUGAUUACGAAUGGGUUCACUUCAAAGAAGAUAAAUUAUUAGAUUCUGCUACUGAUACCACUGAACAAGAUCAAGAUCAAACCAUCACUGAAAUUCAAUACGUUGUUGUUCCACCAAAUGAUACAAAUAUGAAUAAUAGAUGUUUGAUAUGUCGAGAACAAGUUAAAGCUAAAUAUAAUGAUGAUAUUGGAGAAUGGGUUUGGUAUGAUUGUAUGAAACAACCAGGUGAAAAAAACGCAAGAAGAAUUGUUCAUGUAUCUUGUUUUAAUGACAAGAAAAGAUCAGCUGAAUCAGAUUUAAAUAAUCCAAAAAUCAAAAGAGAAAAAAAUUAA